UCCCCUGGCCUGCCCAGUAUCCUAGUGCGCUCGCUCCCGCUCCAGGCUGGUGGAAAAAACUGCAGCGGCUGUUACCGGAGCCACGCAGAGAGGAGCUGUGUGCGAGAAAUCACUGACAUUGGCAAGAGUUGAGCUACACACACUCGGAUUUUCGUUGUUCUUGCCGAGGACGACGUUGUCAAAACCUGGAUUUAUGGCUGCCAAGAAGUGGUAGUAUCGGUGGGAAGAUAUCCGGCGUCUGAAAGGAAAAUUGGCUGCCGCAUUAAGAUGCCCUGUGGUUUUGUCUGAAUCUGAGACUUCUGGUGCUUUCAGACCUGUAACACGCAGGACAACGGGGAGCUGCAUAUCCUGGCAGGUUCAAGAAGUGGGUGCUUUCUGCUUCAAGACCCCAUGGCUGCCAGUGCUGCCGCUUGAUUGAAGAAGAAUUGCAUGUAGUAAGCGGCAAACACUGGCUUGCAGCAAGACUCCCCUCACAACCAGGAAGUCCAGUAUCUCCCACAGUUGAGGCUUGAAAGUGUUACUACAGUUAGUUCCUGUAGCCCGUAGCUUCAUGGAGGGGUUUCCUGUCCAUUGACCCAUCAGGCUGUCUCACUGGACCAGCUGCCAUGUCCGCCUGCAGCACCUUCACCGAGCACGUGUGGAAACCAGGCGAGUGCAAGAACUGCUUUAAACCUAAGAGUCUGCACUGUCUGGCUCAGAGUAGUGGAGGGAAGCCUCCUUCUGAGCAGAGGCCUCCAACAGUUCAGCAACACUACCCAUCCCCUGCUGGAGCCAGAGCCAACACUAACCUUACCAUCAACUCCCAGAGGGCUGGCAGUGGGUCUACCCGCUCAGGACACUUUCGUCCACCGGUGGCUAAGAAGCCAACCAUUGCUGUUAAGCCCACUAUGAUGCUGCCCUGCUCCUCUGCAGGACUGGAUUCAGAUGGUAACCUGCAACGACCACCAAAUGUAAUAGAACAGGGCAAAACAUCAGCCUUCACUGUCUGGAAUCGCAAUGGACUGAACCGUAAGAGGCCUGGUGGGCCCAGCAACAACAAUGAAGGAGAGGAUGGCAGUGAGGAGAUUGAAGGUUAUGGACAAUUUAGCCCAAGGACCCCUAGUGGAAAUAACAACAACAGUGGACUGACGGAUGUACUCAAGGAAAUUGCCGGGUUAGGCCCUGGCCCUAGCCCCAUGCCCCUUUCCAGUUCCAAGGACUUGUUUUGGGGAAGAAUCAGUAGUUCAUACAGACGGUCCCUGGAAAGAGGCCUUCCAGCCUCAAGCUGUCUUGCCAUGGGAAGCAGCAGUUAUAGUGGUGGUGGGAUUGCUCCAAAACGGGUAUCCCUUAGCGAUAGCUCUGAGGUCAUUAGCACAGAGGGUGGUCGCUUUUGCUACCCCGAGUUUUCCGAUGAAGAUGAUGAGGAGGAUGAGGACGAAUAUGCUGAAAGGGAUGAUGAUGAGCAUGAGAGCUGGGAUGAAAGUGAUGAAGAGUUACUAGCCAUGGAGAUCCGUAUGCGAGGCCAACCACGAUUUUCAAAUUUCCGCGCUGCCACAUUGUCUCCGGUGCCCUUUGCUGCAGGGAAAAAGUGGAAUACGGUGCCACUUCGCAACCGCUCACUACAGCGGAUUUGUGCAGUGGACUAUGAUGAUAGCUAUGAUGAGAUCUUGAAUGGAUACCCCUCUAUGGACUCCAAUGGAGCUCUUCUUCCCUAUGGGCCCCAUGACAUGCAAGGCAGUGGUUUCCUAUCAAAUUCAGAGUCUACCACUUCUCCAGAAUCAUCAUCAUCCCUUCCAGAGGAUUCUCAAACAACUUCCAGCAGUGGGAGCAGUGCCCCCUGUGCUCUUCGAAAUGGCUUGCGUUCUCCCACAUCUUCUAAGGCACCUUGCCCCUUCACUUCUCCCCCCAAAAAGGAGCCCGUCCACAGAGCACUGAGUCCACUCAAGGUGACUGAAACACACAAGGCUGUCCUAGCCAUUAGAUUAGAAGACCAGGAUGGCAAAGAAGGCAUGCCAAUGCCCCAAGCCCUUCCAGGUCAACCAGUCACUAUUAGUUUUAGUCCCACAGAGGAGCAGGCUAAACCAUACCGUGUAGUGAAUUUGGAAAAAUCGCUAAUCUGUAAGCCUUAUACUGUAGUUGACGUGUCCGCAUCCAUGGCCAACAAAGAUGAGCAGACUCCAGACUCUACCCCAAAACCCAAAAACUUGUCAAUGCCUUCCAGCCCUACAUUGUUCUGUAGCACUCCUUUAGGUCAGCCCCUAUCUCCAACCUCCCCUCUUUCUCCUGUGAUGCCAAUGUCACCCACAUCUGUUGCCCUGUCAGGUACACCCCGAAAGAAAUCAGGGAACAUACGCUACCAAGAAGUGUGGACAUCAAGCACAAGUCCUCGCCAAAAGAUACCUAAAGUGGAUCUAGGGUUCGGGAGUAAUCCUGGCCCCUCCAUCCCUACUCAACACUUCAGCCACAAGUCAGCUCCCACUUCUCCCAUUGCUGGGCUGUCUUCCUCCCAAACUGUACCUGUGAAAUCUUCCAACUUAUCAGAGAUCAAGUUUAACAGUUUCAAUAAUGCAGGCAUGCCUCCUUUUCCUAUUAUUAUUCGAGAUGAACCAGCCUAUGCCCGCAGCUCCAAGAAUGCUGUUAAGGUACCUAUUGUUAUCAAUCCAAGUGCAUAUGACAACCUAGCUGUGUACAAGAGCUUCUUGGGACUCAGUGGUGAACUGCCACAGCCAAAAGGGGUAGGUAGUAGGGUAGCCAGCCAUACUUAUGAGGAGAUUGGAUCAUCUGAGAGUGUCCAGUCCUCCUCAACAGAGAAAACUAUCUCUGCUAGAGGCACAUCAGAGAGAGUCUCUUUUGAAGAGACAAAAUCUCCACCUGAGGCAGUACCAAAAGCACCAAAUGUACAACCUAGAACCACUAAAGACUCUAGCACUGUAACAAGCACUGUGAGGAGCUCCACAGUUGGGGCCCUCUCGCCCACUACAUUAACAAAUUCCCCUGCCAUUCUUGCCAUUACUGCAAACCUACCUAAAACCAGCCCUACUACCAAUGCUGUUACACACACUUGCAAGACAAGUGGAGACGCUACUUGCAGUAAAGAUGAUAAUACAGAUGUAGCUUUGUCCUCUGGAACAGUGGUAAGCCAUAGGGAGGAGGCCAGUGCUGUGCUUUUACAGAUUGUGGCCUCCAUCCAGCCUCCCCAGUCUCCUCCAGAGUCACCCUCAGCACAAGCUAAUAUCGUCAGUUCUGAGGAGCUAUAUGCCCUCCCACCUGAUGCCAUGAAGGAGACCCUCACCCGACCCAAGUCUCUCUUUACCAUAACUGAUGGCUGUCUUUCCAAGCCCAAGAAGGACACGCCCUCCAAAGUUUUGUCUAAAUCCCAGAGUGCCUCUGCUGCUGUCCCACUCUCCAGCCCCCGGUCAGAGCCCAAUGCCCCCUUCCCCCCUCCUAGAUCUACAUCUUCCCCUUACCACGCUACUAACAUCCUCCAGAGACAUUUUGGCAACUGGACCAAGAGCUCUGCCUCCAGUUCUCCUGUUCGACCUAGUGAAGGUGAAGCAAGUCCAGGUGGAGAGGGAAGACGUAUUUCAACAGAAAGCUCCAAACCCAAACGCUGGAUCUCCUUUAAGAGCUUUUUCCGUCGGCGGAAAGACGAGGAUGAGCAGAGGGAGAGGAUAGAGAGAGAGAAGGACAAAGGCAAGCUGGUUGGGCUUGAUGGCACAGUUAUUCACAUACUUCCACCACCACCAAUCCAACAGCAUCACUGGUUCACUGAGGCCAAGCCAGAGGAUCCGACCCAGAAGCCAACCAUCAUCUUCACCUACAAACCAGAAAGUGGCAACACCCCUGGUGACGGAGAAGGAGAACUACGAGUAGAAGAGUGCAGAGAAAAUGCACUACUGACGCCUGAAGAGAGCAAGGAAUCCAGACCUCUGAGCCCAGGGCAAACAGCACCCUCGCACACCACUGGAUGUGAUCUCAUCAGCAAGGAUUUUAGCCAGGUACCAAUCAGUGCCAGCAAUGCCAGGGAUCUGGAGCUGCCCCGUGCCGCCUUCCUGCCUGCCAAAGUGAAUCUGGGGCUGGUGCAUGGGGAGGGAGAGGAGGGCCGUGCCAACCAGGUUGCCACGGCAGCCUCAGCCAGCGAGUGCAGCGCCAGCCUCGGAGAGCCAGAGGAGGACGGGAAUCACUCCCAUCACUCCCACUCGCCUGCCUCCAGCCAAUGCAGUGCUACAUACAGCAACCUGGGUCAAUCCAGAGCCAACAUGAUCCCACUGAAACAGCCACGAAACAUCAAAGCAUCCAACGAUACCUUGGCCUCCAUCGACCUGGACGGCGUCGCUGACCAGCCGGCCCCCAAGGCCACACCCCCACCACUACCUAAGAAGGCUGUACCGCGCUCCAGUACCGAACCAAACCUGGGAUGCAAAGAGGCAGUCCAGGGAGGCCUGAGACCGCGGGCUGAGGCUAGGCCUGGGGGCACCAACCUGAGUGUGGCCAACCCUAUCUACGACUUGGACUCUACCUGGGAAACAGCUAGUCAGAGCUCCUCUCUCAGCUCUGAGCCUCAUCGGGUCCACGACCACGAGAGCGGUGACUCCCUGGAGAGGCCAUCAGCUGCCACGGCUACCAACAAGGGCCGCCCGACUAACAGCAUGUCCUCCCUGGUUCCUCAACCUGCAUCUGCUGCACCCAGUGCCACCGCUGGCAGAGAGAGGCGGGUCUACCCGAGUACAGAGUCUCUGGCUGGAAGGGGUCGGACAACCGGUCGAGGUGCUGCUGCUGCUGCCGGAGGCUCCAACCCCCAGAGACCUGCUCUUUACAGGGGGUUAGACAGCUGGGAUGAGGUGGUGGGGAAGAUCCGGGGGCUCCACACGGACACGCUGCGGAAGCUGGCAGCAAAGUGCGAGGACCGUUUCAUGGCUGGUCAGAAGGAUCACUUGAGAUUCGGCACUGACAGCUGGUCCCACUUCAGGCUGACCACUGGGAAACCCUGCUGUGAGGCGGGGGACGCUGUAUACUACACUGCCUCCUACGCCAAGGACCCACAGGUCAACUACGCCAUCAAGAUCUGUCGGAGCAAAGUGAAGGAGACCCAGCAGCAGUUUUUCCACAGCCUUGCAGUGAGACAGAGCCUGGCUGUGCACUUCAACAUCCAGCAAGACUGUGGACACUUCCUGGCUGAUGUCCCCGCCCGCCUGCUGCCCUGGGAAGAGGAAGAAGCUGAGGAGGAGGAAGAUGAUGAUGAUGAUGAUGAGGAGGAAAAUGCAAAGAGGCUGAAGGAGAAAGAAAAAGCGAUUAAGACUGAAGCCAAGGCGACGGACUCCAAAGCUCCAAACGGUAAAUUAGAUGAAACCCCGACAGCAGGUCACAUGAACACCGUUGGCCGCCUGAGGAGCCGAGUGGUGGUCAUCACACGCGAGGUGCCCUUCCAGACGGUGGCUGACUUUGUCCGAGAAGGCGUGGCACGGCAUACUCACAACCCGGAGCUGUACGAGCGUCAGGUCUGUCUCCUGCUGCUGCAGCUGUGCUCCGGCCUGCAGCACAUGAAACCUUAUCACGUGACCCACUGUGACCUGCGACUGGAAAACCUGCUGCUGGUCCACUGCCAACCUGGCAACCCCUGGAACCCGGACGUUCUUGAGCCCAACAACAACAGCAACAGCAGCAGUAGCGGCGGCUGUUCUGGUGCAACCUCUGCCGGUGCUGCCACUGCUGCCGCCGCCGCCAAUGCCACCUGCCCCGCCCGCCUCAUCAUCAGUAACUUCUCUCAAGCCAAACAGAAAAGCGCUCUCAUUGCCUCCGACGCCGGUACGUUACGCGACCAGUCGCGCCUCGCGCCCGAGAUUGUCACAGCGACUCAGUACCGCAAGUGUGACGAGUUCCAGACUGGGAUCCUCAUCUAUGAGAUGCUGCACCGGCCCAACCCCUUCGAGGAGGCGCCGGAGCUGAAGGAGCGGGAGUACACCUGGGCCGACCUGCCGCCGCUGCCGGUCAGAUCGCUCUAUUCGCAGGGUCUGCAGCAGCUGGCCAGGUUACUGCUCACCGUCAACCCCUCUGAAAGGAUCCGCAUGUCCGAGGCCCGCGCCUGCCUGCAGUGCCUGCUCUGGGGCCCCCGGGAGGACUUGUUUCAGGCACUGGGCUGCAGCAGCACGGGUCCCAUGUCAGGGGCCACUUCCAGCCAGCGCGAGGCCACCCUCCAGAACUGGCUGGACCUGAAGCGGACUCUGAUGAUGAUCAAGUUUGCAGAGCGCUCGCUGGACGCGGCUUGCGGCGUGAGCCUGGAGGACUGGCUGUGCUGCCAAUACCUGGCGUUUGCCACCACGGACACCCUGAGCCGGGUGGUGCACAUCCUGCAGCAGCCGCAGCCACACCUCCAGGCCCAGAGCCAGGGCCAGCCAGCGCACGCAGCGCCGGGCCAAGCUCAAACGCAUCAAACACACACCCUCCACCUGACUCAGUCCCAGCCACUGUGAGUUCUUCCAGCCAGCUGCUACUAUGGCAACAGAUCCGAAUUCCCCCGUGUGGUCCCUCUGCUGACGCUAAUGAGUGACGCAAGCUAAUAGUCAGCUUUUGUUGUUGCAGCAGCCACAGGGCUCACCUAAAACUGAACAGCUGGUUGUGCAAUGUCUGUGUUUUCUUCACGGACAAGUCACUCCAUAGAGUGAGAGGCUGUGUUCCCAUCAAACAGGCUAGGCUUCAUGAUCAGCGUUAUUCUUAGCACUCAUUAACCACAGCGGGAUGGUUAAGAGUCCAGCAAAUGAAGUGGCUAUCCGCCAUUCUUCUCUGAACCAGUCCAAGGCAGACUGAAACAUUGCAGUGGCGUUCCAGACAUCUCCUCAUUAUUCACUUUAGCUGGUCACAUCUCAUGUGUAUUAAAACACUCCACCAGUUCCAGAUUGAAGAUAUUUACCAAUUGUGUGUGAGGGAUUUCUCGAUUUCUAUGUUGUUGUUUUUUUAAAUUGUUCUUUUAGCCAAAUUCUGCAAGACUACAGACUUGUCAUGGCUACUUGUAAGAUAUAGUUUGCAUGGCAGCUGUCUCCAGGAUUUAUUUGAGGCACUGUCAAAUGGAAAACAUUUGAGAUUUUACAGUAUUCUAUAGAAAAGAUUCAUCAGACAUUUAAAGAUGCACCAGAGUUAGUUUCCUUCAAAGUACUCCGUUUCUGUAGAGAAAACUUCAUCAACAAGCAUCAGAAAUGGAGAUUUAACUCACAGUGUUGUUUUUCAGUUGUUGUUUUAACAGUUCAUUAUAGAAAAGACGCAGAUUUGAAAUCUGUAAAUAUGAAGGGAGGCCAUUUGGAAUGAAGGGAAUAUAAAAAAAAAAUGUAAGUAAAAAUUCUAAACUACUUUUCCUAACCAUGAACAGGACAAAGCCUGAUGGCUGUCUUCAAAAUCAAAUCUAAUCGGAGUGCAAUCUUUUGUUUGAAUCUAAACUGAUGCAAAAGUGAAAUAUGUUUGACCACUGAAGCCAAAGAUCUGCAACAAAUUGUCCACUUAGACAGUUUGGAGAUGUUUUUACGGGAGAUGUUUAUUUCACUUUAUUACAGAAUGCAGUCAGACAUGAUUACAGUAUCUCGAUUUGUUGUCAGUCCCAAAGUUCGCACAGCUCAGAGACUCAGUGAAUUGUCACUCUUUAUGGUUUAAACAUUCAAAAUUUACCCCCUUAAAUGCUGUUGUUUCAUACCAUGCUCUACACUUUUGAACGAGGUAGGUGAUGAACACUGAGCUAAUUUGGGCUUGGCAGUUUUCAGAGAAUAUGUGCAAUUAAUAUCUUUGUUUAUUUCCUUUGGAGGUAACAGCGUAUGAACAUUUGUAUGCAGUCUUUUACUAAUCGUCUCUUCCAUUAGUUUUGUGGCACAUAAACUGAUUGUUUUCAGUUAAAAUCCUGCAAAUAAAAAAAAAAAAAAAAAAAACAGUUCAGUGUAAAGAACUUCUUACAGUGGAUGGGAGACAGGGAUGUUUCCGGGACUGCAAAAAGCUCUUCUUUGUCCAUUUUAUUGUUUCUGUCAAGUUGUUUUCGAACGGUUCCGCGUUAUGGGUGACAUUUGCACAUUUGGUCUGAACGUUGGCGCUCCUCGAUGGAGACUGAGGACAUGAUGAUGCAGGAGAGACUGAGAAAAGUUCCCCCGUGAAUUUUAGGAACUGGAUUUGAUUUGUUUUGCAGUGUGCGGAAUGUAAAGGUUUGCCUGGAUUGAAACUGACAUUUUUGGACCUGGUCUCAUCCACUUCAGAGACACUCAGCCAGCUUCCAACUGAACCACUUAGUUUCACACAUAAACUCUUUGGGUAACAAGCAACCACAGCUUUGAAGAGGAACUCAGCCAAUGAGUUGAGACUUGCUCCCCCCCCCACCCCACCUUGCCUUGUUACCCUUCCGCUUUGUCGUUAUCCGGCCAAUAGGACGGCAGGUCCUGCUCACUGCUUGUCACACAACGGAGUCAUUCUGCUUUAAUGAAAUUAGGUCUGUGUUAUUGAUCAGCACCUUUCAGCAUGAAGUCGCUGUAAGUAAUACAUCCUCCGCUUCCCCAUAAAAACGCUAAGAAACUGUUAACAUUUUGAGUUGUGUACACAUGGGUUUAUUUGUGGUUAUGUUGAUCCAACACCCUGAAGCAUCUUUAUAGAAACUCCAAAUUGAACAGUACUUCUGUGCAGAAUGUUCCCUUGAUAUGCAUCUGGGUGGACGAUGCUUUCAAACUGACACACUGCAAAAAGGCUCUGCAUCCACCGGUUUACUUUUAUUUCCUCUGGUUAACUGCAGCAGUUCAGCUUGUCACUGGUGGGAAAAUAUACUUUUGGGAUCGGGAUCCUGUGAUCCUUUUUACUGCAGUAUGUACGUGAUGUAAUGGUCCAGGGAGCGAAAAUGAGACAAAGCAGGUUAGUAAGUGAGUUUGUUGCUGCAUUAAAGAGUUUUGUGUACUAAGGAAUGUGUGUGGACAGCACUGGUGGCUGUCCUUGUAUCUAGAGAUUUAAGCCUUUAUAUAUAGUAUAAAUAUAUAUAUAUAUAUAUAACCUUUAUCUAUUUUAAUCCACACACUAUUUUGUCAAGUACGGAGCACCUCUAUUUCUGUCUUUAGAGAGUCUAAAUAUCAUUCAUUCAUUUUUAAAGCUUUGCUUGACUUUCUUCAGCCUUGCUCGUUUUUUUUUGGGGGGGGGCAGAGAAUAAGGUGAGUAGUUAUCACUGUCCUAAACAAAGGAUACAUGAAAAAGAAACUUGUUCUUCAAGCCACAUGGUAAGGAGCAUUAAUAUGCAGAACAAUGUACAGUAUUUUUACCCCUCUUGGAAAGGUAUCUGCUUAGGAGAUUAACCACUUUGAAAAGAGGCUGAAGGAUGUCUUUUGAACGCACCAUUAAAAACAUUCAUCAACUGUACGGCCUGUAGCGAAAGUUGUUUUUCUCUCUUUGCAUUGUUAAUUGCCACUGAACAGAAAAAUACAGAAUAGCUCUCUAAGGCUUUCUAUUAAUAUGUGUACAGUUUAUCUCCUGGCCUGCCACCAUUUAUUGUUGAUCAAGUUAACCAACAGUAACAGAACAAUAAAUAUAUGUUUUUAUAUACA